AUGAACACUGACUGUCAUUUGUAUACGUUACCACAAAUCGAAUCGGAUGAUCAUAAUGACACAAGUUCCGAUGAAUCUGAUCUCGACAUGAUAUCGAUCGUUGAUGAAACAGACAAUAUUGCCAUUUCGAUCAAGAAUCAUUUUAGUCUCGAUGAUGAUGACGAAGAUAACAAUAACGAAGAGGCAACUAAUGUUCAACAGUCGAAUUUAGUCUUGAACUCAAAUGAUACUGAACUCGAUGAGGAUCUAGAUGAUCUGAAUGCAGAUAUUGUAUCAACUGAUCAAUCGUCCUUGCUUGGCUCAUCAUCAGCUGUAUCUAACUUGAUGGAGGAGAGUCCAUCAUGCAAGCGUAAACGCCGACAAUGGUCAACUGCAGAGAAGCUACAUGCCGUUCAUAUGUUGGAAAAAGCUGCUGAUAAUAAACUGCUCACGUAAAAAAAAAGGAACGUUGCUCAAGAUAUCAAUUAUCUCAAUGUGUGAAACAAAAAGAAGAUCUUAUUCAACUAUCAAAGCAAAAAAAUGGUGAGUUUUGUUCUUCUACCAAUUAUGAUACUGAUCUCUCUUGCAUCUCUAAUUCUUUCUUACUUUGACUGAGUAUAGGACGCAAACGAAAACGGCUUCCAGGUGCUGGACACAAGCUACAGUACCCCGAACUCGAUAAAUUGCUUCUCGAAUGGUUCUGGGAACGUCGUGCUGCUCCUACCAUUCAGUCAAAGGCAUCUACAACGACAACACCGAUCGUCGUUAAAGGAGAAAAAGUAACAUUCAAACAAUUACAACGACGUGGCAAACAACUUUGUAUCGAACUCAAGCAUGAGCAUCCACAAUCGACGAAGUGGUAUGGUCGAUUCAUGCGCCGCCAUCGUCUCUCCCGGCAAAAACCAAAAAGACAACAGAAGGUGUCACUCUAUGAGGUUCAUCUACUUAUUACUUCAUUUCAUACAUGCAUCAGGCGUGCUAGUACAUGGGGUUUCAAAUGCGGUGCUAUGAGCGCCUUCUUACCUCGUGACAUGGUAAAUAUGGACGAAAGUCCUCUUAGUUUACUCGGUGACCAAACAAAAUUAUAAAUCAAUGAUAUGAACACAGUAAAUGAAAAUGAAGGUCACAUAUCAGACAAACGAUUUUAUACUGUCAUACUAACGU